AUGUCUUCUCACAAGACUUUCAGGAUCAAGCGAUUCCUGUCCAAGAAACAAAAGCAGAAUCGUCCCAUUCCCCAGUGGAUUCAAAUAAAAACUGGUAAUAAAAUCAGGUACAACUCUAAGAGAAGACAUUGGAGAAGAACCAAGCUGGGUCUAUAA